AGGCCGGGCCCGGGGCCGAGGCGCGGGGCCGCCCCCGCCGCCCGCACCAUGCCGUGGCCCUUCUCGGAGUCCAUCAAGAAGCGGGCCUGCCGCUACCUGCUGCAGCGCUACCUGGGCCACUUCCUGCAGGAGAAGCUGAGCCUGGAGCAGCUCAGCCUGGACCUGUACCAGGGCACCGGCUCGCUGGCCCAGGUGCCCCUGGACAAAUGGUGUCUCAACGAGAUCCUGGAGUCAGCAGAUGCACCUUUAGAAGUCACUGAGGGAUUCAUACAGUCCAUUUCUCUGUCCGUCCCUUGGGGUUCCUUGCUGCAGGACAAUUGUGCACUGGAAGUGAAAGGGUUAGAGAUGGUCUUCCGACCUCGACCUCGCCUAGCAACUGGUUCUGAGCCUAUGUAUUGGUCAAGUUUCAUGACCAGCAGCAUGCAAUUGGCGAAAGAAUGUCUAAGCCAGAAACUAACCGAUGAACAAGGAGAAGGAUCCCAACCUUUUGAAGGACUUGAAAAGUUUGCCGAAACCAUUGAAACAGUACUAAGAAGAGUAAAAGUCACUUUUAUAGACACUGUCUUGAGAAUCGAACAUGUGCCAGAAAAUUCCAAAACUGGAACUGCACUUGAAAUUCGAAUAGAAAGAACCGUGUACUGUGACGAGACUGCCGAUGAGUCCUCAGGAAUUAAUGUGCACCAACCCACGGCUUUUGCUCACAAGUUACUUCAGCUCUCUGGAGUGUCUCUCUUCUGGGAUGAGUUUUCUGCAUCAGCAAAAUCUUCCCCAGUGUGUUCAACUGCACCAGUGGAAACUGAGCCAAAGUUGUCACCUAGCUGGAACCCCAAAAUUUCUUAUGAGCCACACCCACAACUGACUCGAAGUUUGCCGGAGGUAGCGCCCUCUGACCCUGUGCAGAUCGGAGGGCUGAUUGGUAAAUUGGAGUUGAGUCUCACAUUGAAGCAGAACGAAGUACUUCCAGGGGCAAAGUUGGAUAUUGAUGGACAGAUCGAUUCUCUCCAUCUGUUCCUGUCGCCAAGGCAGGUGCACCUGCUCGUGGACAUGUUAGCAGCUAUUGCUGGACCAGAAAAUUCUAGCAAAAUAGGGUUAGCUAAUAAAGAUAGGAAAAACCGACCCCUGCAGCAGGAAGAUGAAUAUCGGAUUCAGAUGGAAUUAAACCGGUAUUAUUUGAGAAAAAAUUCCCUCUCUGUGGGUGUGUCUUCAGAGCAAAGCUUUUAUGAGACAGAAACAACUCGGACACCUUCUAGCCGUGAAGAAGAAGUUUUCUUCUCUAUGGCCGAUAUGGAUAUGUCCCACAGUCUUUCUUCUCUUCCACCCCUGGGGGAUCCCCCGAACAUGGACCUUGAAUUGUCGCUCACUAGCACAUAUACAAAUACCCCAGCAGGAUCUCCGUUAAAUGCGACUCUGCUUCAGCCAACUUGGGGCGAUUACCUUGAUCCCCAGAAAGAACAGCCGGUCCGAGGGUCCGCAUUGCCAUCGAACCUCGUUCACCCAGCACCCUUGCAGAAGACUUCUCUCCCUUCUAGGUCUGUUUCAGUGGAUGAAUCCAGGCCUGAACUCAUAUUUAGAGUAGCCGUGGGAACUUUUUCCGUUUCUGUGCUUCACAUUGAUCCUUUGUCUCCACCCGAAACAUCGUUGAACCUUAAUCCGUUGACUCCUAUGGCGGUGGCUUUCUUUACUUGUAUCGAAAAGAUCGAUCCCGCCAGAUUCUCCACAGAAGAUUUUAAGUCUUUCCGAGCAGUAUUUGCAGAAGCUUGUUCUCAUGAUCAUCUUAGGUUUAUAGGUACCGGCGUCAAGGUGUCGUACGAGCAGAGGCAGAGGGCGGCCGCCCGCUACUUCAGCACUGACGUGUCCAUCGGGCACAUGGAGCUCCUGGAGUGCCUCUUUCCCACUGACGCCCAGUCCGCGCCCCCGCACUACACAGAGCUUUUAAUGUUUCAUUCCAAAGAAAGAACCGAUUCUCACCCCCCAGUGUGUCUUCAGCUGCAUUAUAAACAUUCUGAGAAUAAAGGACCCCAGGGCAAUCAAGCAAGACUUAGUGCCGUUCCGCAGAAGGCAGAGUUGCAAAUUAAAUUAAACCCAGUGUUCUGUGAGCUGGACAUCAGUAUUGUGGACAGGUUGAAUUCCUUGCUUCAGCCACAGAAACUCUCUACAGUGGAGAUGAUGGCCUCUCACAUGUACACUUCAUAUAAUAAGCAUAUUAGUUUGCACAAGGCUUUCACUGAAGUAUUUCUAGAUGAUUCACAUAAUCCUGCAAAUUGUCGGAUAUCAGUACAAGUUGCUACACCAGCUUUGAAUCUUUCUGUUCGCUUCCCAAUACCUGAUCUUCGAUCGGAUCAAGAAAGAGGGCCGUGGUUUAAGAAGUCACUUCAGAAGGAGAUCCUUCACUUAGCGUUCACAGAUCUAGAAUUCAAGACAGAAUUUGUCGGAGGCUCCACUCCAGAGCAAAUGAAGUUGGAACUUACAUUUAGAGAGCUAGCAGGAUCAUUCCAGGAAGAUAAAGGAGAACCAUCCAUUAAGUUUUUCCACGUUUCUAGUGGGCUCGAUGGGGACCCAGCAUCCUCAGAUGACUUUGACUGGCCCCGAAUUGUUCUGAAGGUCAACCCCCCCGCCAUGCAUUCCAUUCUGGAGCGGAUCGCGGCUGAGGAGGAGGAGGAGAGCGACGGCCACUAUCAGGAAGAGGAGGAAGGCGGCGCCCACUCCCUGAAGGAUGUCUGCGAUCUCAGGAGACCAGCUCCGUCUCCCUUUUCUUCUCGCCGAGUGAUGUUUGAAAAUGAGCAGAUGGUGAUGCCAGGCGACCCUGUCGAAAUGACAGAGUUUCAGGAUAAAGCAAUCAGCAAUUCUCACUACGUUUUGGAGCUUACUUUACCCAAUGUUCACAUAACACUACCUAAUAAAAGUUUUUAUGAGAAGCUUUAUAAUAGGAUCUUUAAUGACUUGCUGCUGUGGGAACCAACAGCUCCUUCACCAGUGGAAACAUUUGAAAAUAUUUCCUAUGGUAUUGGACUUUCAGUAGCCAGUCAGCUGAUUAAUACCUUCAACAAAGAUAGUUUCACUCCAUUUAAAUCUGCUGUUCACUACGAUGAGGAAAGUGGAUCAGAAGAGGAAACUUUGCAGUAUUUUUCUACUGUUGAUCCCAACUAUCGUUCCCGUAGGAAGAAAAAACUAGACUCCCAAAACAAGAACUCACAGAGUUUCCUCUCAGUUCUUCUGAGUAUUAACCAUGGGCUAAUGGCAGUGUUUACAGACGUCAAGCAAGAAAAUGGAGAUCUGCUGGAAAACAAGCACGGUGAAUUCUGGUUAGAAUUCAGUGGCGGCUCCUUGUUUUGUGUGACGAACUAUGAGGGUUUUGAUGACAAGCACUACAUCUGUCUCCACACCAGCAGUUUCAGUCUGUACCACAAAGGCAUCGUGGAUGGAGUGAUUCUUCCUACGGAAACACGUCUGCCCAGUGUGGCCCGCCCUCAUUGGCUGGAACCUACCAUUUAUUCCUCUGAGGAAGAUGGUGUCAGUCGAACCUCUUCAGAUGGGGUCGGAGGAGAGUCUUCAAACAUGCUCUCUGUUGCAGUUAAAAUAAUAUCUGAUAAAUCAGAGUCCAACACCAAGGAGUUCCUGAUUGCCGUCGGGCUGAAAGGAGCCACUCUCCAGCACAGAGUGCUGCCUUCCGGGCUCAGCUGGCACGAGCAGAUUUUAUACUUCUUGAAUAUUGCUGAUGAACCUGUCCUGGGAUACAGCCCUCCGACUUCAUUCACAACGUUUCACGUUCAUCUCUGGAGCUGUGCUCUGGAUUACAGGCCCCUUUACUUGCCAAUCCGAUCCCUUCUUACUGUUGAAACAUUCAGCGUUUCUAGUAGUGUUGCCUUGGACAAAUCUUCUUCUACUCUCAGAAUAAUCUUGGAUGAAGCUGCCUUACAUCUGUCUGACAAGUGUAAUACGGUCACUGUAAAUUUAAAUAGAGAUUAUGUUCGUGUGAUGGAUAUGGGACUUUUGGAAUUAACUAUAACUGCAGUGAAAUCAGAUUCUGAUGAUGGAGAGCAGACGGAGCCUCGCUUUGAGUUACACUGCUCCAGCGACAGUGUCCACAUCAGGACUUGUUCAGACUCUUGUGCUGCCUUGAUGAAUCUCAUUCAGUACAUCGCGAGCUACGGGGACCUCAAUGCAGCCGGCAGGGCGGACGUGAAGCCCGGAGCGCCUCCACGGAAGGCGAAGGUAGAUUCCAGCGGUCGGACGUCCUCCCGGGGUCCCGUGCUUCCUGAAGCUGACCAGCAGAUUUUACGAGACCUGAUGAGUGAUGCCAUGGAGGAGAUUGACACGCAGCAGGCCGCUUCUGCGAAGCCACAGCCCAGUGGCGACACAGGGGCUGUGGAGGGGAGCUCCCAGGCGCAGGAGCCCUGCUGCUCAGACCUCUUCCUCUUCCCCGACGAGAGUGGGAGCGUGUCCCAGGAGCCCGGCCCCACCUACGCCUCCGUCCCUCACCACAUGAUCAGUGACACCAUGACACUCGUACCCACAGAGAAUGACGACUUCUGCAUUCUUUUUGCACCCAAGGCAGCAGUACAGGAGAAGGAAGAAGAGCCAAUUGUGAAAAUAAUGGUUGACGAUGCUAUUGUGAUCAAAGAUAAUUAUUUCAGUCUGCCGGUUAAAAAGACAGAUACAAGCAAGGCCCCGCUGCACUUCCCUGUUCCUGUUGUCCGUUAUGUCGUUAAGGAAGUCUCUCUCGUUUGGCAUCUCUAUGGUGGCAAAGAUUUUGGAACAGUUCCUCCUCCCUCUCCAGCUAAAAGUUACAUCAGUCCCCACAGUUCUCCUUCUCACACCCCCACAAGACACGGACGGAGUCAGGCCUGUGGGGGGAAGGGCAGAAACCCCGACUUCCUGAUGGAAAUCCAGCUGAGCAAGGUGAAGUUCCAGCAUGAGGUGUACCCGCCGUGCCGGCCCGAGGGGGAGCCCGGCCCCGUGGAGCACCCCGUCUCCCGCCAGGUGUUCAUCGUGCAGGACCUGGAGAUCCGCGACCGGCUGGCCACGUCGCAGAUGAAUAAGUUUCUGUACCUGUAUUGCAGCAAAGAGAUGCCUCGGAAGGCCCAUUCCAACAUGUUGACGGUGAAAGCCUUGCACGUGCGGCCCGAGUCCGGCGAGUCCCCGCAGGAGUGCUGCCUGCGCGUGUCCCUGAUGCCGCUUCGCCUCAAUAUCGACCAGGAUGCCUUGUUCUUCCUAAAGGAUUUCUUCACAAGUCUUUCUACAGAAGUAGAGAUUUUAAUGGCUCCAGAUCCAGAAGUGAGGAAGUCUCCUGGGGCUGAUGUCACCUGCAGCUUGCCAAGGCACUUAAGUACCUCAAAGGAGCCAAGUCUGGUUCUUUCUUUCCCUGGGCCAAAGCAGCCUUCUCAGCAGGACAGUGCCAACGCGGAGGACCUGGUUAACGGGGAGGAGGAGAAGGACUUCUCGGCUGAGGAGGCAUCGUUUAGUGACCAGCCCGUGUUCUUCAGAGAAUUUAGAUUCACAUCAGAAGUUCCCAUUCGUCUUGAUUAUCAUGGAAAACAUGUAUCAAUGGAUCAGGGUACAUUAGCUGGAAUUUUGAUUGGUCUAGCCCAGCUAAACUGCUCGGAAUUAAAACUGAAGAGGCUCUUCUACCGGCAUGGUUUGCUCGGGGUUGACAAAUUGUUCUCCUACGCGAUCACGGAGUGGCUGACUGACAUCAAGAAGAACCAGCUGCCGGGGAUCCUGGGCGGCGUCGGGCCGAUGCACUCACUGGUUCAGCUCGUGCAAGGUCUCAAGGACUUGGUCUGGUUACCGAUCGAGCAGUACCGGAAGGAUGGCCGCAUUGUCCGGGGCUUCCAGAGAGGGGCGGCCUCCUUUGGCACCUCCACGGCGAUGGCGGCUCUGGAGCUCACCAACCGGAUGGUCCAGACCAUACAGGCAGCCGCCGAGACUGCAUACGACAUGGUGUCUCCCGGGCCACUCGCUCUCGAGCCCAAGAAGCCCAGAAGGUUCCCCCAUCACCGGCUGGCCCCCCAGCCAGUGGACCUGCGGGAAGGCGUGGCCAAGGCCUACAGCGUGGUGAAGGAGGGAAUCACCGACACUGCCCAGACCAUCUACGAGACGGCGGCUCGGGAGCACGAGAGCAGAGGGGUGACGGGGGCCGUGGGCGAGGUCCUGCGCCAGAUCCCCCCGGCCGUGGUGCGGCCUCUGAUCGUGGCCACGGAAGCCACCUCCAACGUGCUGGGGGGCAUGAGGAACCAGAUCCGGCCCGACGUACGGCAGGAUGAGUCGCAGAAGUGGCGCCACGGGGAGGACUGACGCAUCGGCCGGACGUUUUCUCCGCGGAGACGGUGACCGGGGUGGAGAGGCGGCGUCCAGCGUCCCUGGCGACAGCUCUUGAGGGAAUCCAUUUACUUUUAUUGUGCUCAUCUCAGGAACAAAAGCAUUUGUUAGCUAUGUAAUAUCAAAGCAACAUGCAACCAAAAAAAAAAAAUUAUAUUGUGAUGUUUCUUAGGGCUAGUUUGGUACCUGCCUGUAGGAGUCUUUGGCUGGUGUCGGACGUCCAUAAGCGUUUGCUGCCGAGUCAGUGGGAGGCUCGCCGCCCCACUGACGCUUCCUUAAACAAGCCCCCGUGCCCAGAAAUGGCUGAGCGCCUUGAAAGCACUAUUUCUGUUGCUCGGAUGAGCUGUUGUUGCUGUUGUUAUUGUUGUUUUUUCCUCGAGUUCGUAAAAGAGUCACCACCUUGACACUUUACCUUGAGCCAGAGAGCAGACGCCCAGGCAACGCAGAGCAAGUAGGUAGCACUUCCGGUGUCAGUCCCGGGGUGGGAGGCGUCGCCUCACCGGGCCCGAGCGCUCAAGGAUGGUUCUCCCCGGCCUCAGAAGCCCCCGGGUGGAGGCGGAGGCGGGGACUCGCAGACAGGUUCUGUCAGGUUGCACUUUAUCCUGUGGGUCGUGUACUUAGUGACUGCGUCCUGUGCUGCAUUCUUUAUAUCAUUGACAAAGCCACCAGACAUGGGAAGAACACGUCUGAGAGUGUAAGGGGGGAUGGUGACCCCGAUGGAGCUGCCCGCGGCUGGGAGCGGAUAGGGUGCUCAUUCACCCACGGGGAGUUGUUUGUACGUUCCAUUAUACACCGCAAAGGGCACACUUGUGUGUGGAAGUGGCUUUCACUCUUCAGAAGUUCUCCAGAGAUGCCCGAGUCAACUCUUUGAAAGUUACCAUUUUUACUUGGUUAACAAUGUACAUUUUGAUAACCUGUCAGGAGCGAAUAAAGCAUUUUUAUUUAAAGGUCAAGUGGUUUUAUGCU